AUGACUCGCAACGCUUCUUCCCCGCCUUUCACCAUUCGAAGCCACCAACCCGGUGACAUGGGGUACAUAACCUACAGGCACGGUGCAGUGUACGCACAAGAAUACAGCUUCAAUUAUCGAUUCGAAUCUCUUAUUUCAAGAAUAACUGCCGAUUUUCUCGACAACUUCAAGCCCGACCUGGAAGGCUGUUGGAUUGCUGAGAGGAACGGGUCAUUCCUCGGCUGUAUCAUGUUGGUUCAAGACAAAAAGCCAAAAACUGCAAAGCUACGACUCCUAUUGGUGGAUGAAAGCGCAAGAGGUCUUGGUGUCGGAACGGCCUUGAUCCAGAAAUGCAUCGAUUUCGCAAGAGAAGCUGGGUACGAACAUAUCGACCUUUGGACGCAGAGCAUUUUGGAGGGCGCGCGACGACUGUAUAGAAAGGCUGGGUUCGAAAUGAUUGAGACGCAGAGUCAUAAUGAUUGGGGCGUGGAAUUGACAGGGGAAUUCUGGACAUUAACGCUAUGA